AUGGAGAAAAGUUCAAGUGGCUGGCGGGUUCUAUUGUUCACUGCGGUGCUGUGUGCCGGUGUUGUUGCCGCCCAAGACAUGACCAUCACCGAGGAGCUGGAAACGUGUAGCCUGCUCGAUCGCGGAAAGCUAGAGACAGUGUUCGGAAGCGAGGCAGAUGAGUUUCUGGGGAAAGUGACCGUGCUGUUUAAUGUGGCCCCACCGAAACCCGUACAGACACCGCGCAUCUUCGCCAACCGUGAUCCGAUUCACUACAACAAGAUCGAUUUUCGUGAACAGAUCAAUCUUUACCACAACCUCUACCAGCGGUUCCACAGUCAGCAGCAGUACAAAAACGGAGUUCGCUUUUUGCUCAGCGCAUCCGUUCACCGCGUGCCCUACGAGUUGAAGGAGUACAACUUUACCGAAUUCUUCGCCAGCGUUGAGACCCUAGCGGAUGCGUACAACAUCAGCGUUUAUCCGAAUCCACUGAUCGAGAAUGGGACUUUUGCACUGUUCGGACUGCGAGAGUUCCAAGUUUACGUAGUCGAUCGUUGUGCGCGAGUUUCAUACAUUAUUGAACCUCCCUGGAGCCUUAUACAAUUUUCAUACGUCAAGGCAGCCGUUUUGUCUACAUUCUAUGACCGUCCCUGUGGCAAAUGCGAGCUCGAGAACUAUCUGAACUCAACUAUUACGGACGACGAAAAAGAAUCACUUAGUUCCGCUACUGAAUCAACUACGUCUGCGGGAUGUAAUGGAACGACCUCUUGUGCGGAAGAUUCCUCAGAAUCCACUGAAGUCACCGAGGAAGGAGAAGUGGGGCAGUCUUACGACAGUGAAGAGGAUGAUGAUGAAAGUCAUUCUAAUGUCCACCGAAACGGUGUUUCAAAAAAUGAACCCGAUCCGUUUGUCAAUCUAACAGUGACGGGCCCGGAGCUGGAGCUUCCGCUGCGUGUAAUACUUCCGGUGUUGCACAUCCAUGUCGAACCAUCGGAGCCCAGCAAUCAAGCUCCAGACAACCAAACGUUGGCCACACACAGACUUUAUCACUACGUUGUGCUCCAAUCGAACGACAGCAACACUCAUCAGGAUCAUCCUGAUGGCCAAACGGAGGACAUUGAGCUGCAGGAAGUUUCGUUAGAGAACUCUACGUCUGGUUUAAAUCAUGCGUCUGCCAACGAUACGGAGUCGGAUACUAUACGCGUCGAGGGCACCGAUUGGCCGGUAGAGCAGUUAAAGGAAAUUCUCAACACGAGUACUAUUUUGUAUGACUUCCAGCAGCAAAGGAUAUUUGAGCGACUUCGACGCUACAAUCUCACGGAACAGCAGCAAUACGAUGAGGUCGUGGAAGUAUCUGUCGCCAAUCGUUAUGCCGCGGCCGUUCGGCGCCGAGCUUCGGUGAAACCAGAACAACAUCGCAACAAUCGACGGUCGCAGCUAAAGAAGCACUACGCCCGGUUGAUUCCGUGGCUGAAUUGGACUUUUGGAAAAAGUCUGCCUUCAUCAGGAGGAGUUAAAGUAAAAACAGCCAACUAG